AUGACCGUCAUUGGGCGAGAGAAGAAGUGGUGGAAGCAGGCCGCCAUCUACCAAAUCUACCCUGCUUCCUUCUGCGACUCUAAUGGAGAUGGCAUCGGCGACAUCCCCGGCAUCACCUCUAAGCUGGACUACAUUGCCAGCCUCGGCGUCGAUGCCAUCUGGGUGUGCCCCAUGUACGACAGCCCCCAGGUUGACAUGGGCUACGACAUUUCCAACUACGAGGACGUCUACCGCCCCUAUGGCACCGUCCAGGACAUGGAGACGCUGAUCCGUGAGGCACACUCCCGCGGCUUGCGCAUCAUGCUCGACCUGGUCAUCAACCACACCUCGGACCAGCACGCCUGGUUUAAAGAGUCUCGCGCUAGCAAGGACAGCCCCAAGCGAGACUGGUAUAUCUGGAAGCCCGCCAAGUACUCUGCCACCGGCGAGCGCCUGCCGCCCAACAACUGGCGCGGUAACUUUGGCGGCGGCAGCGCCUGGGAGUGGGAUGAGGCCACUCAGGAGUACUACCUCCACCUCUUCGCCACGGAGCAGCCUGACCUCAACUGGGAGAACCCCCUGACGCGCCGUGCCAUCUAUGCCUCAGCCAUGGAGUUUUGGCUCGACCGCGGUGUCGACGGAUUCCGCGUCGACACGGUCAACAUGUACAGCAAACAUCAAGACUUCCCCGACGCCCCCAUCACCGACCCCAAGGCUCCCUUCCAGCCGGCGGGCUCCAUCUACUGCAACGGCCCGCGCAUGCACGAGUUCCUGUCCGAGAUGAACGCCAUCCUCGUCCGCUACGGCGCCAUCACCGUCGGCGAGCUGCCUUGCACCCCUGACAUGGCCAAGGUGGUCAAGUAUGUCAGCGCCCGCGAGCGGCAGCUCGACAUGGUCUUCCAGUUUGACCUCGUCGAUGUCGGCUUCGGCCGCACCCACAAGUUCGAGACCACGCCUCGCAACUGGACCCUGCCCGACGUCAAGGCCGCCGUGGAGCGCACGCAGAGCAUCAUCCGCGGCACCGACGCCUGGACCACGGCCUUUAUCGAGAACCAUGACCAGGCCCGCUCCGUCUCCCGCUUCGCGGAUGACAGCCCCGAGUUCCGCGUCGCCGGCGCCAAGAUGCUGGCCGUCAUGCAGUCGUGCCUGAGCGGCACCCAGUACGUCUACCAGGGCCAGGAGAUUGGCUGCGUCAACACGCCCAAGGUUAGCUACCCGCCCGAGAACUACCUCGACAUCGACAGCUCCCUGUACUACAAGAUGGUGCAGGAGCGCUACGGUGCCGACAACAAGGUCGAGCUGGACCGUGCCUUUAGCGCCAUGCAGCACCUAGCGCGCGACCAUGCGCGGGUUCCCAUUGCCUGGGACGGCCGGGCCAAGCACGGCGGCUUUUCCGAGCCCGCCAUCAAGGCCGGUAAGGACGUCGCGGAGCCUUGGAUGAAGGCGCACCCCCUCGCCAGCGAGGUCAACGUGGCGUCGCAGCUCGACGACCCCACCAGCGUGCUCGCCUUUUGGCGCAAGAUACUGGCGUUCCGCAGGGAGCACGCCGACGCGUUGGUGUACGGCGACUACAAGGGCCUGCAGGAGGACAACAAGGAGACGUUCAUGUUCUUGAAGGAGGCGCAGGGGGGCGCGCAGCGAGCGCUGGUAGUCCUCAACUUUACCAAGGAGCCGCAGACGUGGACGGUGCCGUCGGCGGGGGAGCUGGGUCUCUCGGAGACGGACGACGUCAAGAUGACGCGUAUCCUAUCGACGCACGAGGGCAAGCGCGAUGGGCAGACACUGCAGCCUUUUGAAGGGCAGGUCUUUGAUAUUGAUGCGUAG